GACGAAGGUUGUGCAGGGACGGGAGACAAAUGCUUGGUCUCCAGCGGCCGAAUGUUGUGCAGGGACGGGAGACAGAUGCUUGGUCUCAGGCGGUCAAAGGUCAUGGAAGAAGCAUGGGGCUAGUGGCUGGAACAGAUCUGGAGUCGAGGUCAUUCAUGUUAGGUGGCGAUAGAGGAGGUUUGAUAGAAAUCAUGAUGAAAAAGAGUCAGGGUGAGGAAGAAGCUACAGUAUUGUUGGAUCGCCCCCUCCUGAACCGCCGCCAUGGAGUGCAUGAGAGUCUAGGGUUUGGAAGCAGCUUUUUAAUUGUACUGUUUGUUUGCGAUUUAUUUUUCAUAAUCAGAUUGUUUAUUUUUCCGUUGGUUACUUUCAUUGUUGUAAGACUCUAGCAUUAGGAUUGGGUGAUGAGAGGUCUGUUUUAACCGUUGUUGGCUCAUUUAUGCCCAUAUAAGAUCAGCGAGUUAUAUUGUUUUUUUUAAGGUGAUUGACUCUAAGUCUAGUUCGAGGACUGACGGUUGCCUGUGGUCUUU